CGUGCCCGCCGCCCCCGGGUCCCGCCGCGCCUGCUCGCGGCCGGGGUCUGCGCGCCCCGGGCGACCCGCAGGAAGGGUAAGAGAAGGGGCCCGACUGGAAGGGCUCCAACUGCAGGGGAGGCGUUCCCGGCCAGGCCGAAAGGCGUGUGCACUGAACGGUUUUUCCUGCUCGGAAUCCGAGAGCCGUGGAAAGUUUCGAAGGCGGAGGCAUGGCCGGGCAGUCUUGUCGUUUUGUCCAGGCCAGGAAGCCGGAGGGAGGAUCAGGUGUUUUCAGGUUAACCGUCAGAAAUACAAUGGCUCAUCUUGAUUCUGAGGUGAAAGAAGAAUGUCUGAGGGAAGACCUGAAGUUUUACUUCAUGAACCCUUGUGAAAAAUACCGAGCCAGACGCCAGCUUCCGUGGAAACUGGGUUUGCAGAUUUUGAAGAUAGUCAUGGUCACCACACAGCUUGUUCGUUUUGGUUUAAGUAACCAGUUGGUGGUUGCUUUCAAAGAAGAAAACACUGUUGCUUUUAAGCACUUGUUUUUGAAAGGAUAUUCUGGCAUAGAUGAAGAUGACUACAGCUACAGUGUAUAUACUCAAGAGGACGCCUAUGAGAGCAUCUUUUUUGCUAUUAAUCAGUAUCAUCAUCUAAAGAACAUAUCCCUGGGGACCCUUGGUUAUGGAGAAAAUGAAGACAAUAGAAUUGGCUUAAAAGUCUGUAAGCAGCAUUACAAGAAAGGGAGCAUGUUUCCUUCUAAUGAGACGCUGAAUAUUGACAGUGACACUGAAAGAGACUGUCUCCACAUAGACCUUCAGGCCCUCUCCAAGAACCCUCAGGACUGGAAGAACUCAUCAUUCUUCAGACUGGAAUUUUAUCGGCUCUUACAAGUUGAAAUCUCCUUUCACCUUAAAGGCAUUGAUCUACAGACGAUUCACUUCCGAGAGUUACCGGACUGUUACAUCUUUCAGAAUACGAUUACCUUUGACAAUAGAGCUCACAGUGGCAAAAUCAAAAUCUAUUUUGACAGUGAUGCUCACAUCGAAGAAUGUAAAGACUUGAACAUAUCUGGAUCUAUUCAGAAAAAUACCCAGUAUAUCCUGGUGUUUGAUGCAUUUGUCAUUGUGAUUUGCUUGGCAUCUCUUAUUCUGUGCACGAGAUCCAUUGUUCUAGCUCUAAAGUUACGAAAGAGAUUUCUAAAUUUCUUCCUGGAGAAGUACAAGCGACAUGUGUGUAACGCCGACCGAUGGGAGUUCAUCAAUGGGUGGUAUGUCCUGGUGAUUAUCAGCGACCUAAUGACAAUAAUUGGCUCCAUAUUGAAAAUGGAAAUUAAAGCAAAGAAUCUCACAAAUUACGAUCUGUGCAGCAUUUUGCUUGGAACGUCUACACUGUUGGUCUGGGUUGGAGUCAUCAGAUACCUGGGUUAUUUCCAAGCAUAUAAUGUGCUCAUUUUAACAAUGCAAGCCUCAUUGCCAAAAGUUCUACGCUUCUGCGCGUGUGCAGGAAUGAUCUAUCUGGGUUACACGUUCUGUGGCUGGAUUGUCUUAGGACCAUACCAUGACAAGUUUGAAGAUCUGGACACAGUUGCUGAGUGUCUGUUCUCUCUGGUCAACGGUGAUGACAUGUUCGCAACCUUCGCCCAAAUCCAGAAGAAGAGCAUCUUGGUGUGGCUCUUCAGUCGCCUGUAUUUAUAUUCCUUCAUCAGUCUCUUUAUAUAUAUGAUUCUCAGCCUUUUCAUUGCACUUAUUACAGAUUCUUAUGACACCAUUAAGAAAUACCAACAGAAUGGGUUUCCUGACACGGAUCUUCAGGAAUUCCUGAAGGACUGCAGUAGCAAAGAAAAAUGCCAGAAAGAGUCCUCGGCCUUCCUAUCCUGCAUCUGCUGUCUGAGGAGGAAAGGAAGUGAUGACCACUUGAUACUUAUUAACUAAAGUCCUUCUGCUAAAGAUAACCAAGUUUCAAGCCUCCUUAUCCAGUGACAAUGCAGAGGAAUCCCAGACAGCUUGGACCAGCACUUCCAAAAAUACUGUCUUAUUUCAUUGUGGAGUGGGAAAGAGAAGGGACUGUCAGCUGGCUACCACCACUGAAGUUCCCCAGUUCCUUUUUAUAACCUUGGAUGGUGAAGAAUAGACAACAGUCCAUGACCGGGCAUCAGUGCAAUAGAGCAGUGAUAAUGGAAUUCUGUCUAAGUCUUUUAAUUUAUGACAUCGUAGUGUUGGGUUGGAAAAAAUCACAUUUCAGAGUGUGCAAAACAGUGAAGUUUAAAGCUGUGUAUUUAAAGAUUUGUGUUUAUCAUCAAAUAAGGGUUUGUUUUAGAAGGGAUUCUUGGGUUAGAAGACGUUUGUUAAUUCAUGGUCUCCACAGAAAUGCAGUUGCUUGCAAUACCAAAUUAGACACUCCAAGCUGGAGAACUGUUAAGCCAUUUAAAGAUCGCACUUAAAACAACAAAAAGACCUCUGGCAGUAGACAUCUCUGGGCCUGUUUUCCUGUGGUCUUCUUCUUCAGCAUGAUAUGAAGCAACUGUUGGCAUUGUCGGUGGGACGAAGGGGAAACAGGGUCAUGUGGAUACCUCGUCACUUGCGCUGGUUGAUUGUACACACGACAGGUGGAAGGAAGCUUAGCCGUGGUCACUCGUUUUAACAAUUGAACUCCACUGUGGUGGGGACUUGCCCUUGUCAAGCAAGGAAAGAUGUUUUUUUUUCCCCAAAUAAAUUUAUUUUUAUCAUACCA